AUGGGCGAAGUAAUCUAUUCCGCUGGGCGAGAUACCCCGCCAGAUGUCCGGCUCAUCCACUUCAACGACGUCUACAACAUUGGAGCUAGCUCACGAGAACCAGUCGGCGGCGCGGCUCGAUUUAUCAGCUUGGUAAAGCACUACCGCAAUGCAGAGGAGUUCAAAGACCAACCUGGUCUGUUAGUUUUCUUCUCUGGUGAUGCGUAUAAUCCUUCGCUGGAGAGCACGGUGACCAAAGGAAAACAUAUGCCACCGAUUUUGAACGCAAUUGGAAUCGAUGCUGCUUGCGCUGGGAACCAUGACUUUGAUUAUUCUCCUGAGAACUUUGCUCACCUCGGAAAACUAUGUAACUUCCCAUGGUUAACUGCGAAUCUUUACCUCGAUGGGAAACCCAUUGGUGACUGUAAACGCACUACUAUGCUCACAACUACUGACGGGAUCAAGAUUGGGGUUAUUGGUCUUGUUGAAGAAGAGUGGAUUGCUACCGUGAACAGUAUACCCCCUAAUGUGGAGUGGCGUGAUGCUGCGACUGUGGCGAAGGAGUUGGUACCCCAGUUGAGGGAGGAAGGUGCAGAGAUGGUGAUUUGCGUUUCUCAUGCGAGGGAGCCGAAUGAUAUUAAAUUGGCGAAGGAGAUGCCGGAGGGGUUGGUUGAUAUCAUACUGGGAGGUCAUGAUCACCAUUAUGCGCAUGAGAUAGUAAACGGAGUUACUAUUCUACGAAGUGGAACGGAUUUCAAAAAUUUGUCGUAUCUGACCGCUCGCCGCAAAACUACUGGGAAAGGCUGGGACUUCGACGUUCUCAAACGUGAUAUCACCAGUGACAUCCAAGAAGACGAGGACGCCGCCAAAAUCGUCAAUGACCAAACAGGUGCGCUCAAAGCCAAAAUGGAAAAACCAAUCGGCAUAACUUCCGUACCCCUCGACUCCCGCUUCACCGUCGUCCGCACCAAAGAGUCCAACAUUGGGAACUUCUCCUGCGACGUCAUGCGUUACUUCUACAAUACCGACUGCGCACUCAUGGCAUCUGGAACCAUCCGUGGAGAUGUAAUCUACGAACCAGGGAUAAUCCGUAUCAAGGAUCUUCUCGAUUGUUUUCCCUUUCAGGAUCCCUGUGUGGUUAUUAAAAUAUCCGGGGAGAAGAUUAUUGGUGCUCUUGAGAAUGCGUUUUGUAAGGUGCCAGCGUUAGAAGGGAGGUUCCCGCAGGUAUCUGGGAUGAGGAUUGUGUAUGAUCCCGAUGCAGAGCCGUUUAAACGAGUUGUCAGUGUGAGUAUUGGCUGUGCGCAGGAUCCCAAGCAUUAUGAGCCGCUUGUGAAGGAUAAACUGUAUACCAUGGCUACACGAGACUACAUGCAACGAGGCAAGGAAGGAAACGAAAUGAUGGCCGAUUGCGAGGUCACCGUAAACGCUGAAUCCGGCCUUCUCCUCUCUACUCUACUCCGCCAAUAUUUCCUAUCCCUCAAGAUUCUGGGUAGCUGGUCUACUCACCCACAAACUUUUGAUGCAAUCAACCCGGCCUCUCCACAGAUAUCAUCAUCAAUGAACAAACAACUUAAUGAUACUGCAUCCGCCAGUUCUUCUGAAGACUCCAUCGCGGAAGCAUUUAUCGAACACCCCGAAACCCAACAAAUCGGAAGAAGACCGUCGAUGCUACAUCAUUCCACUUGCACAUCUCAACGAUUCCAAAGAUUACAAGCAAGACACAGAGAGAAAGGGAUGUUGGAGGACGAACCACUUUCUUCUCGGGCCGAAGAGGGAGAUCAAGAUGGUGAAAACGGCCCGAUCUCACCGGUUGUUGAUGAAGCGACUCAAAAGAUCUUGGAUAAUUUGAAGAGGAAAGCUGGUAGGAAGUGGGGACGGCUGGCGUUGGGGAGGGGGCUGAAGGAUGAUACUGAAGAAAGUAGUAAGGAUGAAUUGGGGAGUAGGUGGGAUCAUCAUGGGUUGAAUUGGUGUAAAGGGAUUAGACCUAAAGUUGAAGGGAGGAUUAAGACCGUUAAGGAGGCGGCCUAG